CCUCCGAGCGUUAUCAAAGUUCGAUGACGAUCUUCUCAGCCCAUCCUGAGCCGUCUGUCGUAUACGCGGUCCUGGAUGCCAUGGUUGAUAUCGUAAAGCUCAACACAGCCGACGCUGACAACCUUCGCGGCACACUAGCAGCCCUACUCCGCGUAUCCUUCCGGGAGGCCGAUAAACGGUGGCUUGCUCGGCGUGCACUACGUGCCGCUUGCUUGUUGAAACAAUCGCCGCCGGAUCCUUCCGCACUUCUGGCUCUGAUCCAUCAGCUAAAAGUGCCAAAGCACGGUUUGCCUCAUUGUUUACUCCUGGAGGCUUAUCGAGCGCUGCAUCUAUAUCCGCCGGAGGCAUUGAGUAUGGUUGCCAAAGACCUUUCCCCGCUCUCGCCUAUACGCCCGCUCUUGACGUCGCACGAUGCCAAUGCACAGUAUUUGUUCCUGGACUGCCUCGAAUGCCUCGACCUCGGUCUUUGGGCGGGGAAUGGUUCAGAUGAAAGCGGUAACUCAGCCCUCGAGCCAUGGGAGAUGGAGCGCAUUAUGGCAUGUUUGGACUCACCAGACAGCUUGAUUCGAAAGAAGACUCUUGGGAUUCUGUAUCGCGUCGAUCGGUCACUCGUUAGUGGCUAUUUUGCGCAGCGUCUGUCAUCACCGCGGCAACAAGACGCAGAUCUUAACGCGCGCGCGACGGGGCUGCUCGAGCUUGCAGCUAUCUUAGGUGCAGACGAUGGCCAUGCAUAUGCACAAUACGUUAUCCAGAUUUUGGAAGCCCUGGAUGAUGCGGACGACGUCCCGGCUCGUCACGAGCCUGAGAAUUCCAAGGGCAAGGGCCAAGCGAUCGUCAAGCCCCAACAUGGACCGGUCUUGGAACAUGCAGUCGAGGCAGUGCUGCUGAAGAUACGAGACGGGGAUAGCCCAUACCAGCGCUCCAGUGUCGGUGCUUUGCUUGCGACACUUGGCGCGCGCGACGGUGCGGACCCGAGUCCGACGUUGAUGGUCAUACUAGCCGCGCUCGCUUGCGAAUACGCCGCCGCUGGAGUCCAGGACCCUCGGGAAGCUUUGAGCGGAUUUUCCAUCAAGCUUGACUCGUACAGACCGGCAGUUCAAGACGCAUGUCUACUAGCGAUGAUGCGACUAGUCCUGGAAUGCGGUGACGCUGGUCCAACAGAAGACGCUAUUACGGCUGUCCGUACCCUAACUGUCGGGUCAGGAAAACAUAUCCGACGGCGAUGCACCCAGUUCCUGGAUCUAACAUCGAAGCCGGAAGAACUUAGGAAGGUG